CAAGGUCAGAAAAGCUAUCCAUUACGUCCAGAACUAAUAGAAAGCACAUAUUGGCUGUACAAAGCUACCCGAAAUCCCAGGUAUCUUGAUGUUGGAAGGGAAAUGCUUGCCAGCUUGCAGUUGACACGAUGCAGAUGUGGAUAUUGUCAUAUAUCGGAUGUUGAAUUUCACCAGCAUGAAGAUCACAUGGAAAGCUUUUUCUUAGCUGAGACCGUCAAAUACCUUUGGUUGCUAUUUGAUUUAGCAGCUGGUCCAGAUAACCUAGUCGAGAAUGGUCCUUACAAAUACAUCUUCAGUACUGAAGGUCACUUACUUCCCUUAACUCCACCAAUAUCUUUGACAAGUGAAAACUGUCCAUAUCUUGGAGCAUACUGGAAAAGUAGCUACCCUGGACAAGAAACAUGCACUUCAGACAUUAUGAACGAUUAU